AUGGAGUGGGCCGGUGCGAAGCGAGACUACAUCGAAUACGAGCUGAGAGACCGGAGACUUAAAGAGCUCAUCACGGAGCUUGUCAUUCACUAUGGAGCAUCCCCAAAGGCUGGUGAAAGGAGGCGAUUCGGCAUCUUCAUCGGCGGACUGAACAAUUGCAUAGGGCAGGCGAGUCCGUGUCGCCUGCCAACGGUACCGGAGCUUCGGAGUCCCUUGCGGUCAUGCGAUUUGUCCAGGACCUAUUGGCGAGUGCUCUAG